AUGAGUGAAAAAUCUAAACUUAUUAGAGACGAAACGUUGGACAAUACGUCCAGUAAAAGAUACGGUAGUGUUAGCUAUAAAUAUACUUUAAUAGAUUCGGUUCCCAAAACUCAUUUCACGAAAAAACAAUGUAUUUUAGUGACCAUUUCAUUAAUUGUGAUCAUAAUUGCAUUUUCGGUAACUUUAAUCCUGGGUUUGCCUAAACUUCGCCAAAAGCGCAGUCAAUACUUAAAAGGAGAGUUCAUUGUCUCGGAUGCUCAAGAAGUUAGGUUUAGUUCGUCGGCAGUCGUUGUGGAUGGAGAGCCGUGCGCUGGCAUUGCAAGAGAUAUAUUAUCGCGAAAUGGUUCGGCAGUGGACGCGGCCAUCGCUUUGCUAUUUUGUGAUGAAAUAGCAAAUCCUCAGAGUUCUGGUAUUGGCGGAGGAUUUCUUAUGAUUGUUUACAACAGAGCUAACAAUACAAGCGAAGUGAUUGAUGCUCGAGAAACUGCUCCUAAAAAUGUAGAUUUUAUUAAUUUGUUAAAAAAUGAUUCAUCACUUCUUCAAUCGGACGGGCCGUCGAUAGCAAUUCCCGGACAAUUAAGAGGAAUGAUUUUGGCUCAUCAAAGAUAUGGCAAACUAAGCUGGAGUUCAUUGAUUGAGCCAUCGAUAGCAAUGGCAAGAAAUGGCAUUAAUGUCACCAAACAUUUAGAAGAGAUUUUAAUACAAUUUAAAGAUGACAUCGAAAUGAAUGAUAAUCUAAAAGAAAUAUUUAAAAAUAACGAAACCAAUAGUCUAUACAAAUCUGGGGAAAUACUCAAAAGAGAGAAAUUAGCCGAAACUCUGGAAGUGAUUGCUAAAAAUCCUGAAGAUUUUUAUAAUGGAUCAAUUGCUAGUAAACUGGUAGAAGAUAUUAAAGCUCUUAACGGUUUCAUAACACUUGAAGAUAUGAAAUCAUAUACAGUAAAAGUCCGUCAACCAAUAAAAGUGUCACUUCGUGGCGGAGACUAUACACUUCUAACUGUUCCGCCUCCGGGUAGUGGAUCAGUCGUUGCACUCAUACUCAACAUACUCAAUGAGUUUAACCACACAUGUGAUCAACAAUUGGAUGUCAACAAUAGGACAUUAGUAUUUCAUAGAUUUAUUGAGGCUUUAAAGUUUGCAUUUGGACAGAGAUUACUUUUAGGAGAUCCAGAUUUCGUUAACAAUACUGAGAUAUUAAAAAAUAUGACAUCAUUUUCAUACGCGAAAUCAAUAAAAGAAAAUAUUCAAGAAACGGCUCAACAAACAUCUUAUUAUGGGUUGACUGAACAAGUAAUCAAUGACAAUGACGAAGGAAUGGGUCAUAUAUCUGUCAUUGGGACCAAUGGAGACACCGUUUCAGUUACUUCUAGUAUUAAUUCAGUAUUUGGUUCAAAAAGCAUAUCAAAAUCGACGGGAAUUGUUCUCAACAAUGAAAUGAAAGAUUUUGCUGUCGAAGUAAAUGGUGAGCCAUCAGUGACAUCAGCUAAUGCUAUACAAGGAGGUAAGCGUCCGCUGACCUCAAUGUCCCCCACAAUCAUCGUUGACAGCAAUGGAAACACCAAAUUCGCAAUCGGAAGCAUUGGUGGCACAAGAAUUGUGUCGUCAAUCUCUCAAGUAUUAUAUCAAAUCCUAUGGGGAUGUCAUACACUUAAAGAAGCCACUGAUAUGUCACGUCUUUACUAUGAUAUCACUACCAAUACUGUCUUAUAUGAGUCUAAUUUUCCCAAAGUAUAUAUCGAUGGACUCUACCAUUUCGGCCAUUAUUUAGAGACCGAACAAUUAGUUUCAUCGGUUUAUACUAUUUUAAACACAAACUCUAGUUUUGUUACUUUCAUUGAUCACAGAAAAGGUGGCUCUAGUGAUGGCUUUUGAUUUCAUUAUUGAUUA